AUGAAGAGAAAAUUUCUCUCUCUUAUUUUAAUAAUUUUUCUUGUGUCUAUUUUAGGCUAUCCAUUACGUUCUCCAUCCAGCACCAACAUUCAUCCGAAUGCUCGAUGGCAACAAAAUGGUAUCACUGUAGCUGGAGAAAAUCGACAAGGCAAUGGAAUCAAUCAACUCUCAGACUCAUGGGGUUUGUAUGUUGAUGAUGAUCAAACAAUCUAUGUUGCUGAUCAAUCAAAUCAUCGUAUUGUGGAAUGGAAACGAGGUGCAACAAGUGGCCAAGUGGUUGCCGGUGGAAAUGGACAAGGAAGUGGAGAUCAUCAAUUGGAUAACCCAUAUGAUGUGAUUAUCGACAAAGAGAGAGAUAGUCUCAUCAUAUGCGAUGGUUCGAAUAAAAGAGUGGUUCGAUGGCCUCGUCGAAAUGGGACAAGUGGAGAAACAAUCAUCUCCAACAUCGAUUGUUGGGGUUUGACACUGGACGAGAAUGGAUCUCUCUAUGUCACUGAUAAUGGAAAAAAUGAAGUGAGACGAUAUCGAAGAGGAGAAUCUCAAGGAACAGUGGUU